AUGGAGGAAAAACAGGAAAUCCCUGUCAGCGGUGGCGUUGUCAGUGGUGUGGCGGAGUACUGGUGGUGGGCCACCUCAAGCACCUGCCAAUUAACCUGGGCGGUUUCCAUUUAUAGAAAAGGCUACGCCGGCGACUCUCAUCUCAUGCCCUUUAAAGCCUUUGCCGUCGCCUCCCUCUUUAUUGGUGCCACCGCCACCGCCGCCGUUGCAUCCCUUCGUGCCUCUGGUAUCGAAUCCGUUGAAGACAUGAAGCUUGCUGGUACAAAUAUAAGGAACAGACUAGGAAUACGUCCAAGACCAUGA